GGUAUAUAUAAAUGGAGAUGUGCAGACUGUCCCUUUAAGAGUCAUCAGAAGAACAAAUAUAUUAGACAUAUAAGAAUCCAUACUAAAUCUGAACCGUUUCUUUGUCCCCUCUGUCAGCAUAGAUCGGCGAGGAAAGACUAUUUGCAGAAACAUAUACAAAAGGUGCACUGUAGUAAAGGAUUAAGCCUGCAUGAUGUAGAAGUGAUGUAUCCAUAUAUGUAUAAUAUAGACGAGAAGUUAAACAUUAAACCACCAAUGAGUUACUCUAAACUUGAACUGGUGCAUACUACUGAUCUACAGAAUGGGGAUAUAAUAUCGAACCAGCACGUACAUUAUCAAAUAACAAAUCAAGGAUUAACUAACCAUACAAAUAUUCAAGUUGAGGAUACUGACGAAGCACUGAAUUUACAGAGAUAUGAACGUGGUGAAGAUUAUCACAGGUUUCCAGAUCUUGACUCUACUAGCUAGUUAGAUGGCAGAUUUUUAGUUUUUUAGUUCGAAAUAUUAUUCAUAAUUCACCCUACCAGCGGAUCCUCAUUCUUACCUUUGCUUUUUGCGUUUUUGCUUAUCUUCACCAGAUAGUUAGAUAGCAUAUUUCUUCAAUUAGAUAGACAUAUAUAGCUCUUUAUACUCUUCAUAGCCACUCCAUAGCAACCAUCAUACUUCAUUCUACCUGCUAGUUUGAAAGCAACCAUCAUACUGCAUUCUUCCUCUACCAGCUAGUAUGAUAGCAACAUUCAUACUUUAUUCCACCAGCUAGUUUGAUAGCAACCAUCAUACUUCACUCUACCAGCUAGCUUGAUAAAAACCAUCAUACUUUACUCUACCAGCUAGUUUGAUAGCCACAAUCAUUCUUCACUCUACCAGCUAGUUUGAUAGCAACAUUCAUACUUCACUCUACCAGCUAGUUUGAUGGUAACAUUCAUACUUCACUCUACCAGCUAGUUUGAUGGUAACAUUCAUACUUCACUCUACCUGCUAGUUUGAUAGUAACAUACAUACUUUACUCUACCAGCUAGCUUGAUAGUAACAUACAUACUUCACUCUACAAGCUAGCUUGAUAGCAACAUACAUACUUCGCUCUACCAGCUAGCUUGAUAGUAACAUUCAUACUUCACUCUACCAGCUAGCUUGAUAGUAUUAUACAUACUUCACUCUACCAGCUAGCUUUAUAGCAAUCAUCAUACUUCACUCUACCAGCUAGCUUGAUAGUAACAUUCAUACUUCACUCUACCAGCUAGCUUGAUAGCAACAUACAUACUUCACUCUACCAGCUAGCUUGAUAGUAACAUACUUCACUCCACCAGCUAGUUUGAUGGUAACAUUUAUACUUCACUCUACCAGCUAGUUUGAUGGUAACAUUUAUACUUCACUCCACCAGCUAGUUUGAUGGUAACAUUCAUACUUUACUGUACCAGAUAGUUUGAAAGAAACCAUCAUCCUUCACUCUACCAGCUUGUUUGAUUGCAACCAUCAUACUUCACUCUUCCAGAUAGCUUGAUAACAAUCUUCACACCUUCUACAUGCCAGUUUAAUAGCAUACCUUCAUUUUUCACUUUGAUUAAGUUAAAACAUGAAAAUAAAUAUUUAACAUUGAAA